GCUGACACAGGGAGAAAGAAACAGAUUGAGAACGGGAAGAGGAAUGAAAAUACAUCAAACAUAAAUAAAGCGAAAUCAAAGCAAUAGGAUAGAUUGAGAGAAAGGAGAAAGAAGAAGAGAGAGACUGUGUAAAAAGGGAGAGGGACAGGGAGAGAGAAAGAAGAGCAACAUAAAGUAGGGGGAGUGUGCAGUUGACUUGAGAGAGAGGGAAAGGGAGAAAGGGAAAGAGAAGAGAGAGAGAGAGAGAGAGAGAGAGAGAGAGAGAGAGAGAGAGAGAGAGAGACCAGCCGCCGGCCCAUUGAGGAAAGAUGGCUACAGUCACUGCAAACGGAGUGCAGCAAGAGAAUGGAUUCAGCACCACGAACAGCGCCGGCAGGAUGAACGGGCUCACGAUCGGUCAGAACACCAUUCCAAUGAAGGACCACGACGCCAUCAAGCUGUUUAUCGGACAGAUUCCCAGAAACCUGGAGGAGAAAGAUCUGAAGCCCCUGUUUGAGGAAUUCGGAAAGAUAUACGAACUCACUGUGCUAAAAGACAGGUUUACGGGAAUGCAUAAAGGAUGUGCCUUUCUAACAUACUGCGCCAGAGAGUCAGCACUGAAGGCCCAGAGUGCCCUCCAUGAACAGAAGACUCUGCCAGGGAUGAACCGGCCCAUCCAGGUGAAGCCAGCCGACAGCGAAGGACGAGGAGAAGACAGGAAGCUGUUUGUGGGGAUGCUUGGGAAGCAGCAGAGCGAGGAGGACGUUCGGCGGCUCUUUGAGACCUUCGGCCAGAUCGAGGAGUGCACCGUCCUGAGAGGGCCUGAUGGGGCCAGUAAGGGCUGUGCCUUUGUCAAGUUCUCCAGCCACGCAGAAGCACAGGCGGCCAUCAACAGCCUGCACGGCGGACAGACCAUGCCAUGUGUGUAUCCCCAGGGGGCGUCCUCCAGCCUGGUGGUGAAGUUUGCCGACACAGAUAAGGAGCGGACCCUGCGUAGGAUGCAUCAGAUGGCGGGCCAGCUCGGCAUCUUCAGCCCCAUGACCAUCCAGUUUGGGGCCUAUGGCGCCUACUCUCACGCUGUAAGUCUCGGCUCCACGGGGGAGGAGACGCAGAUGAUGCAACAGCAAGCCGCGCUAAUGGCGGCGACCCAGAACUCGUAUCUGAACCCCAUGGCAGCCAUCGCUGCGGCACAAAUGCAGCAAAUGGCAGCUUUCAACGUCAACGGUCUGGUGGCUGCCCCAAUGACACCCUCCUCAGGCACCAGCACGCCGCCGGGUAUCAAUGCCACGACCGUGCCCAGCCUAGCGGCGCCCAUGGGGGUCAACGGGUUCGCAUCCCUCCCGCCCCAGACCAACGGUCAGCCCACUAACGAGCCAAUCUACACCAAUGGGAUCCACCCCUACCCAGGUGAGACAGCCAAUGGGAUUCACCUAUACUCAGCACAGAGUCCUACAGUGACUGACCCUCUCCAGCAGGCUUACGCCGGUGUGCAGCACUACGCAGCAGCCUACCCUGCCGCCUAUGCACCAAUCAGUCAAGCGUUCCCCCAGCAACCCACCAUCAUCCCCCAGCAACAGAGAGAAGUUUGUUGUUGUUAUUUCCCACCAGGGCCGGAAGGCUGCAACCUGUUUAUUUACCAUCUGCCCCAGGAGUUUGGAGACGCAGAGUUAAUGCAAAUGUUCCUGCCUUUUGGCAACGUCAUCUCCGCCAAAGUCUUUGUGGACCGGGCGACCAAUCAAAGCAAGUGUUUUGGCUUUGUGAGCUUCGAUAACCCGUCCAGUGCCCAGGCAGCUAUCCAGGCCAUGAAUGGUUUUCAGAUAGGCAUGAAGCGGCUGAAGGUGCAGCUGAAGCGGCCAAAGGAUGCCAACCGACCUUACUGACCCAUCUGCCGUUCACAUCCAGGAUGAAGGGCCACAACACCUUAUUUCCACAAGUGCAGUAUAAAGUACAAAGACUUCUUGCUCUGCUACAUAUCAUGAAAGAAGGGUGGUCUCUUGAUUCUGCCGGAAGAAUAGCUGGAGAAGAUUGGGUGACUGAGGAGAAGAAGGAACCCGGAGAUUCUUGUUAGUUUUUUUAGCAAAUGCCUAUUUUUUUUCCUGUUUUGCUUUGGCAUCUGUGGAAGAGGAUUUUUGCAGAGACCAACUUUUUGCUGCUGUUUUUUAGACAAGAUGGAAAACCUUUAUAGACACAUUAUGCUCAAAGCAUGCAUACUGACACCGGUAUAUAUAGACAUGAACACACUCUUACCAAACACACAGCUUACCAAACACACAUGCAUACAUAAAGACCAACACACACACACAAAUAUUCUCUCAGACAUCCUACAGUGUACAUACAUGGAUGUGCAUAUGCCAACUCAAACACACACGCGGACAGACAGACACACACACACACACACACACACAGACAUAUACACACACACCAGCCUGCUGCCAUUUUGGUUUUCGUGCCUACACAGGUGAUGUGCUCUGUGACAGGGCGAGCUCUGAGUUAAGAAGACGAGAAAAGGAGAAUCCAGGAGAAUUUACAUGCAUCAUUCCUUAGGAAAUAGGGACCAAAGGACUUAACGCUUUUUAAAAGAAUAUAAAUAUAUACAUAUAUAUAUAUUUAAAAAAAAACUCUUACCUUGUAGCUGCAAGUAUUACAAUUUAAUAGUAGUCAAAAUAAAUCAUAAAAUCAAUAUCCAGUGGCCUAAGUAGGAAUAAAAAUAAAAAGGAAAUAAUGUAAAGAUUGAAAAAAAGACAAGGAAACGUAGUAAAGGGGCUGUUUAUUUCCGGUCGCUGUUUUGCCACCAGUUAGUAGAGUAGAAAAUGUAGAAUAAUAGAAAAGUAGAUUUGCUCCUUUUUGCUGUUGUUUUUUUGAAUAAAAAAAUACUUGAACUUGUAAAGUAAGGGGGGAGGGAUAAAAAAGAAAAUAUGAUUCAUUUUGUCUGUCCCGUCCCAGUGGGCUUUGGGGCAUUGGGAUCUCUCUUGGAUGUUACGGUCGGGGCCGCUGGAUAUCUCCCUCAUCAUGAUGUACAACUCACUCACAGCACUAUCUGACAGCUAUAAAGGAACUGUUUUGGAGAAGAGGGGGAAGAAGAAGAGAAAACACAGAUGGACCUUCCUAGUGUCUGUGCUGGACAGGGUGCAGAUAUGAGAGGCUUACUUCCCACAAGCCUUUGUGUUCAAGCGACAAUCCACUGUAAAAACCAAGCAAAUUGGACAUGGUGUGUUCUUUUCGUUUGAGCUUUUUUAUUACAACAGGGAGUGUGCUAUUAUAAAAGGUAUUAAAGAAAUGCAUAAAGAGAAGCUUCUGCAAAGGAGAUGGACUAAUGGACAAAAAUUAAGGCAAGCAGAGAAGAAGAUGAUUGAGUUGAUAGCUACUGAAACUGCCAAAAGAGUGGACUCAACAGUAUAACAAUGAAUUGGCUCUCAUGGCGUUUGAGUAAAAGUAAAAAAUAGACCCAUUAAAAAUAACCACGUUAUAGGCAAGAGGGAGAAAGAGAGAGAGGCCAGAGAUAUUUAUGUCCGCUGAAGCCGUUCUAAAGCUCUUGUGAGAUUGAGAAACAUCGCCUCAUCUCCCCGGCUGCAGAACAGAUACAAGCAGAACUUGUUCUGAAAGACACACUAGAUUUAUUGAUGGCAAAAGAGUGGAAGCUUUUAGAGCGCAUUUAGCUUUGUCGUAUAUAAUGUACAUGCCACUGUUAACAUGUCCCCUCCGCUUUUUUUUCACGUAUUAUACUGUAUAAUGAGCCUGUGGAAAAACCUACCUAUCCGUCUCAACCUAACCUAACACAGUCUGAAUUACAGCCAUACAACAGCCAUCCUUCAGCUCCUCCCUGCCAAUCCAUGCCUAGCAGAACACAGUGCUGAACUCUUAACUUGUCAGGCUUUGAGUUAGUGUCUACGAGCCCUUUAUUUGGACCAUUUUACAGUGGUGGAUGCAGCUGGCCCCUCUAUGAAAACCUGAUCAAUAUGUUUGCGAUGAGUCUCGAGGAAGGAUAAGAUGGCAAGUCAUUCACUGUCCACACUUCCUCAAGUUCUCUCAGCAGAACACCAGCUCUCCCCCUCCCUCCCUCACAACUCCCUGAGAGCUGACUGAAGGCAUAUGGAGGGGGAGGCAGAGCUAGACAGGGAAGAGAAGGGGUGAGGAGAGUGGGAGAAGUCAACAGCCAAACCCUGAUCUCUGAGCCCUACUCCACGCCUGUAUGUCCAACCUCGUCUUUCUUUAUCCUUUAAAGUGAUGCUCCUUGGAGUUAUCCCCCGGGGACCAAAUCCAUGCAAUCAGAAGACCCCAGACCCCCCCCGUGCCAAACACCAUGUAUCUGUGCCGCCUAGCUUUUGGGAAAUGGGAUUGAAGGGUUGAUAAGGGAAUCACUUGGCAUGUAUUAGGUACCUGCUGCCUUCUGUCCAGCCUGUCUCUCUUUACCUCUGGGACUUGCUCUCCAAAGUGGAGCGGACGCAUUCCAAGUCAUUGACUGACUGAAAGCCCUGCCUGCCUGCAUCACACAAGACACAUCUACAGUACAAUGACUUUCAUUCUCUUUCUCUCAGCUGCUUAAAGACAAUACCAUGCCACUCUUUUCUGUGAGCAAAAAAGUAUUGGAUUUGUCUUGAUUUGUGUCCCUGCUUUUUCCAUGCCACAUUACUGUAAUGUAUGUUCUGACUUUGUGUUUGUGUUCCUCUGCUAUGAAUAGACACUGUUCUGCCUUCCAGAACCCCAACCUAGCUGCUCAUAGCCUGGUUCAGCUAGACUGAACUCUGCACUCAACAAUGGUGAGUUCAGUCUGGUUUUACCAGGCUAUGCUGUUCAGCUGUUCCCCUGGAACAAUGUUUUCAAACCAACCUGUAGUUCAGUGUUUGGCUUCAGUAGCCUUUGAUUAUCUCUUCUUCCGUAUUAGACAUGCUAUUUCACCUUUUCCUCUAAUCACGUUGUAAUAGUGAGGCUCUAUACAUUAACACCAACCAAGUGAAAAGUCAUCUGCAUAAUCACCUGGACCAAAUUACAGUGGGGAUGGUCCCUUGAAUGCUCUGCGAUGACAGAAGGUAGAUUAGAGCGAAUUAUGUUUGUAGCGGCUCCCUGGCAAGGAUGCCGACAGCUGACCUGGCACCGAUAUUACCGCAGCCGUAUUUAUGAUGGAGAUGGGAUCCAGGAAGCAGGAUAAAACCCUCCAUAUCGUAGCUACUCUGGGUAUUAAUGUUGGAUAUUUGAUUGCCGUGGGUAUAGAUUAUGUUGAAAAUAAGGCAAAAAACAGUAGGUUUGAAAUGUUGCUCCAGGCACAAAAGCUACUGAACAAUAGCAGGUUGAAAUGGGUAGCAACCAACCAACUAUUCCAUUGAAAAAUCUCAGUUCCUCCGUUGCAGCUGCCUGCCGGGUGGCCUGUGUUAUUGUACUUCAGCUUUCAGCACGUAAUUGUGUCUCAACAAUCUCCUCAGAGGCCGCUAUUUUCCACAAAAUAACCUGCUCUAAAAAUUUGUAUUUUUCACGGCAGUAUUACAGUCGGGACACCUGCAAAGCACAGAAUAUUGUUCAGAACUGGAGGAGCAGUAUUGGUGAAGCACAGUAGUUAUUUUGAAUCAAAAUGAUGCCCAUUGAAAAAACAGUGCCAGCUUUGGUCUUGGGUUGUCUCAGCUUGCCUUCAGAAACACAGUAAAAACACUCAGCCUUUAGUUGUUAUGAAGUCAGCCAAACAUGUAGGAACUAGGAAGCGACAUGAAUUCAUGUGAAGUAGGUCAACAUGAAUGCAUGUUCUUCACAGCAUCCCUUUUGUGUUCAUUAUUUAUGUAAUGCUGAAUUAAUCAAUAGGAAACCUAAUGUUCCGUGAGCGAUGAAAUCUCCUAUGCUUGUCUCUCUGCCGCUUCAAAAGCACCUCCUGCAAGACUAGUCCCAUGAGCCUCACCACAAGCCCUCUGAUGGCUCCUACACAAGAUAUAUGCUGCACACCCCUAUAGUCAACUUACAGCAAGGUUAGGUUCAGCCCAGGUCCAAUCCCCUGCCCAGUCUUCAAUUCCCUGUUUGGCUAACGUGCUACGCUCAUAAAGCCUUUCUGCUGCACCAGGGAGCUGCAGAAACAUGCUUGGAAGGCUAAAUUAGGCAAUGUUAAAUCAGGGAGCUGUUUGAACGAGGGUGCUCUUAUUGCUCUUACCCACAGGGGAGGAUGUUAUUGGUGUGACAUGCAGUGAAAACAGAAAUAGCUGUAGUGAAGCCAGGCUCUGGAACAACGGAAGGUUUUAUUCCUUCUCUUACUGACUCCAGAAGUCUGCUAGCUCAGCCCAUCUCAGCUCAGCUCUGGCCCUGUCUGGCCUUUAGUUGAGGCACAGACUGUCUGGAGAAUGUGACUCGCCUUACGCAGGACUCACUGACUAACUGAAAUCUACCCACUCAUGUUCAGAAGAUAAUAUUUAGAUUGACAUUAUAGGUUAUUGCUAUUGUUAGUUUGACUCACUUUAUGAGUCUGUUUGGAAAUAUGUACAAUAUAAUAUCUAACAAAAACAUAUUUAUGGUCAUGUCGAUGUCAAAGGUCACUGUAAUGUCUGACCAUCUCAUGUAAAAUUAGCACCUGUAAGGCAGUUAUUCACAUUUCUUAACCUCUGGUUAUUCUGCCACCUCUACUGGCUCUAGUUAUAAUGCCUUCCUAGUUUGCAUUCCAUAAGGUCAGUCCUCAUGAGGAGUUAGAAACCUCAGAGCUCCGAGGCUGACAGAGUGGCAGGGUAACCAAUCCUAGGAGCCGAAGAGGUUGACUAAGAGGC